AUGGUAUCAAACAAAACCAACUUCAAUAAUAACAACAACAACAAUAAUAAGAAUAAAACCAAUAACAACAACACCAAUAUUGGUGGUAAUGGGUUACAUACCAAUACCAAUACAAUUAACAACAACAAUAAUAAUAAUAAUAACAACAACAACAACAACAACAACAAUGCCAAUAAUAAUCUGGAAAAAAUCAAGAAACUAAAGGCCAGAAACAAGCAAAUCUCCUACUUCGUACGAAUUAGUAACUUCGCUGAUAAGAUUGCUCAGAGCACAAGCUUGGAUCUGACUAGUUUGAGCUGUUGUAUUUUGGCUUGUCUACUUUACUGGAACACAUUGAAUGCAGAUUUUGUUUAUGAUGACAGACGCGCUAUCAUGGAAAAUAAAGACGUCGCUGGUAUAAAUCCUUGGCAUGAAGUAUUCUUCAAUGACUUUUGGGGUACUCCUUUAACAGAUGCUGGUUCACAUGGGUCAUAUCGCCCACUUUGUGUGCUCAGUUUUCGGCUAAAUUAUUUAUAUAAUGGCUUUUCUGCACGGAACUUUCAUUUGAUCAAUUAUGUGCUACAUUGCUUCGCUACGGGCUUAGUGGUAAAGAUCGCACGCGACUUGCUCAACUCUAUGUGGGGUGCGAUAGCAACAGGUGCUUUGUUUGCAGCUCAUCCGAUACAUACCGAAGCUGUCGCUGGUUUGGUAGGACGCGCCGACUUAGCUGCCUGCAUAUUCUACUUACUGACAUACCUGACAUAUACGAAGCACAUAACAUGGCGAGAAAAAGGAUACCGUCGCCAAUGGUUCGCUCUAUUUUUGACUAUUGUGCUCUCGAUUGUAGCGUUGCUAUUCAAGGAAACAGCGAUUACAGCGUUGUUUAUCUGUGGAUUUUUUGAUGCUUUACGAGGGUUGUGUGGAAUUAAUGAUAAGAAACGUAAGCGUUCUCUCAUUAUUUUGGCUAUUGCCUUUGCGGCCACUAUUUAUUGCCGUUUGCAUUUGCUGCCACAACCACAAACGGCAUUCUCGACGGCCGAUAACCCAAUUGCAAAAUCGAACUCCACUUGGACGAGAUUCUUAACUUUCGCCUACUUGCCCAUUUUCAACUUUAAAUUGAUGCUCUAUCCGCAAAUUUUGAGUUUUGAUUGGGGCAUGGAUGCGAUUCCACUUAUAUCCACCAUUUGGGACCGUCGUAAUCUUUACAGUUUAUGUUUCUACAGUUUCAUGUCCGUGGCGUUAUGGCGCAGUUGUCGCAUUGUGAUACGUCGUCGACGCCUACUUCUAUACAGACAAAUCCAAAAUGGUCAAUACCAAAAUUACCACCAAAAAUAUCGUAACGCUCGUCUAAAACGUAAACUGGAGAUGCAACGAAAUGCCCAGGCAACAAAUGCGCAACCAGCAAGCACCAGUCCAGUACGAAAAUCAAAUGCACUUGGCUUACAACCACAACAACCACCAAUCGAUAAAAAACCAUUAACUUCACAUGUACACUGCGUUUGUCGCGACUGCAAACACGAGCUCAGCGUUGGACAACAUACCUCUUCCUGUCGAGCACUCAACAAUAAUAACAAUGUCUCACUAACAGCAACAAAUUUGAACAAUGAAUGCUGCUGUCAGCAACUACUGUCUUCCACCACAGCUCCUCAUACAUUUUGGAUUACAUUACAAAAAUUAAUUGGCAUAUUAACGUUACGCAAUGCAUUCACCAAGAACAGCAACAACAUCAACCAAGACAAAACCAACAACAACAAUGAUAACAACAACAACAACAAUGAAGAUGGAAACGAAAAAUCUAACAACAACAACAGUAAAAUUGGCAGUAAGAGCAACAGCAACAACAACAACAAAAUCAACAACAAUCACAAUAACAAUAACAACAACUAUGGCAAUGGAAACGACAACAAAAAUAAUCCAAACAAAAAGCCUAUAGUUCAGCAAAAUAAUGUUGCCAACAAUACCAACUCGCAACCGAAGCCUACUGGUAACAACAACAACAAACCACCGAUGCAAAACAAAGACUUAAAAUCGUAUUACCUCCUCGCCAAUAUGCCGACAUCUUCCGCAAAUGCAUGCAUCAUGCUUAUGUCAAUCGCAUUCCUAACGCUUCCAUUUUUGCCCGCCACCAAUUUGUUCUUCUACGUUGGCUUUGUGGUUGCUGAACGUUUGUUAUAUUUGCCCAGUGUCGGUUAUUGUCUUUUGCUCGGCUACAGUAUCGCCAAAAUAAUGGAACCAGUCAAGCCACCAAAAUCUCACAAACGUAAAAUUAUCAUGAUCAUUUGUAUGACUGCCGUGUUGAGUGUACUCUGUGUACGGACAGUACAACGGAAUGCUGAUUGGAACAAUGAAGAAAAUCUAUACAGGAGCGCUAUACAUGUCAAUCCACCGAAAGCUCUUGGUAAUCUUGGCAGCAUUUUGAGUACACAAGCCCGAUAUGAAGAAGCUAAGGUCGUUUUAAGGGAGGCUAUCAAAUAUCGACCCAAUAUGGCAGACGUACAUUAUAAUUUAGGAAUCAUACACCAGAAAUUAAAAGAAUAUAAAUUGGCCGUGGAAUGUUUCCAACAUGCUAUAGUUUUUCGCCCAACUUUGGCAGUUGCUUAUCUAAACAUGGGUGUCUCUCUAAUUGCAAUAGAGAAGAAUCAACAUGCAGCUCAGAUACUUCGACAAGGUAGUAGAAUUGAGGGCGCCAAAGUGCGGGACCGCAAUGAACACGAUAAUGCACGCAUAUCUAUGUAUCUACAACUUGGUGCUCUACAUGUGAAACAAGGCAAACUGAAGCGAGGAUUAGCUGUCUAUCGUGAAGCCAUACAUGCUCUACCUUCAAACUAUUAUCAGCGUGAUGUGAUUUAUAAUCGCAUGGGCGACAUAUUCGAUAGGCUUCAACAAUGGAGUCAAGCUGAAAGCUUUCAAAUAGCUGCUCUCAAAAUCAAACCUGAUCAAGUUGCUGCUCACCUCUCUUAUGGCAUGACAUUGGCCAAAAAUUCUAGCCGUAUAUCCGAAGCUGAAACCUGGUUUUUACGCGCAUUAAAGUUGGCACCUGAACAGUCCAGUGUUCAUCACUACUAUGCUGAGUUUCUAGCUUCUCAAUCCCGAUUCGAGGAAGCUUUAUUAUUUCGAGUACGUGCAUGCGAACUAUCGCCAAAAGAAUUUCCACUUGUUAUGGCCACAGCAACUGCCCUACGUCUAAUGAAUCGUUUAGAAGAAGCAGAGUCAUGGUAUCGUAGGGCUGUAAGGCUACAGCCAAAAGACUCACUCGCACACACAAAUUUGGGUGCCGUUCAACAUUUGUUGGGUCGCCCCGAAAAAGCCGCCGAUAGUUACAAGAAAGCAUUAAAACUGCAACCCGGCGAUAUUACCACACUCGGAAAUUUAGCCAAAUUAGCUGUAUAUAAGAAGAAGAAAGGCAGUGAAGAGGAGUUGGUAGAUUAAGAAACUGAAAAGAAUUUAAAAAUGGACUUCGAAAACAAAUUAUAUCAAAAUUUAAAGAAAUACUAUUACUGAAUUAUUAAAUGUUAAGCAUACUAAAUAUGUAAUAUUAAGACAAACUAUUUUUUUGAAUGUAUGAAAUACACAAGACAUGCGUACACCAAAAUUUUGGUACAUAUGUUAGCCUGUAAAUAAUCGCGACCAAGAUCCAAAGAAUCUUAGAAAUCUAAAUAUGCAAGCAUUUUAGCAGAAACAGUCGAAAAGACGUAAAAAACUAUUUAAUGAAUCAGAAUCAAUGUUUUUAUGUGUACAACUAAAGAAGCUUACUAAAAAAACUAGUCUAUAAGUCAUUUUAGAAACUCCCUUCCGGAAUUGAGACCGGAAUUGAAACGCUACUAAAGCUCCUAAGUUCAUUUAAGAGCAACUGGAAAAACGAAACACUUUCAGAUGGCUUCACAUUUGAGUUCCAACGGAAUGGAGUAUAUUUGCGAAUUUCCAAUAAGAAACAAAUAGAAACAGAAAAAAGAGAACAAUAAUAAAUAUUUAAAUGUAUUAAUAAAAGAACCUCUAUGAAUUAUUUAAUAAUUUUUGUUAUCUAAGAACAGUUAAGAAUUUAAAUACAUAAAUGAAUACAUUAUAUAAUUGCAUAUGAAUAUGAAUAUGUAUUAGAAUAUGAACAUGUUUUUGUGAAUGUAUGUGUUAUUUUGUACUCGCACAAGCCAGCUACAGUCAAAUACCAGAUACCAGAUACGAAUUUAGGGCUAAGUUCUAUUCAUACUCGCCCAGCUUGGAGGCGUGCAGGUAUUGGCGAGCUUUACUUUGUACAGUGACUGUUAAAUGUAUGUAAAAUAUAUGUAAAUAACCGCUAACAUAAAUAUGGAAAAGAAAACGACAAUGUAAUAUUAUAGAUACAUAAAUAGAUAUAGGUAAAGACAUAGAUAAUGAUGAAGUAUAAGACAGGGAGUUGUGCGCAGGAGUGUGCGAAGCGAGCAGUGCGAUCGAAAGAUAAUUUAGCUAAAAAAUUGUAGAUAAAUGAAAAAACUAAAUAAUUGCAAACUAAACUAAUAUAUAUAUAAAAAAAAAAAUAAUAAUGAUGAAAUAACAAUAUUUUUAAUUAAAUGUGUAAUAUAUUCACUGAAUAUACUAUGUACGAGUAUGUACUGAGAGGGGUCGGCAUGCGUACAUGGAGACACUUCAAAUGAAUUGAAAUCAAGAUAUCAAACCGAUCAACUUAAAGCAACUUUGUGAAGCAGACUAUUAUUAAAAUUAAUCUAAUAAAACAAUUAAUAAUUAAUAUUCAAUUUAAUCAACUAAGAUUACCAUAUAAAAUAUUUACCGUUUAUAGAUGUGACUACUAAUACAAGAAAAUGCAAAAAUAAAUACAUUAAAUAUAUUAUCAGAUCAAAG